AUGGACGCAAGAGCUGGCACUCAUAAGCUCUAUCAUCAGUAUGAAUUUAACCCCAAAGAAUUUUAUGAGAUGUACCUCUCACCGAACUGUAACUCCCAACUUCAGGAGAACUAUAUCGUCUAUCCCAUGAGACAACUGAAUAACGAGAUGUCAUCAGGUCGUAUCACGGGGGACAGAAUGACGGAAUUAACCAUCGGCCCCGUGCUGUUUAAACUCCUGGUUUGCAGCGAAUAUUUUAAGGAAAUUACGGUUUUAGAAAGUAACGCUCGGUGUAAAGUGGAGUUGGAGAAAUGGCUGAAUAAGGACGGAGACGCCUUGCAGAUGAGACAUAUUACAGACAUAGCGUGCACGCUGCAAGGAAAAAGGGACGGGUGGAAGGAAAAGGAAGAGAAGACGAGGAGUCGAAUUAAACAGGUUCUAAUGUGCGACUUUACCAAGGAGAAUCCCACGGAUCCCAUCACCGUGCCAAAGUCGGAUUGCUUCGUUUGUAUAUGGACCCUGGAAGUGAUUAGCCAAACGCAGAGCGAAUUCCAAAGAAACCUGAAAAAAUGUGCCACACUUCUAAAGCUAGGCGGACACCUGCUGUUUUUCGGGGUGUUUAAUGGAAACUAUUUUUUGGUGGGAAAGCACAAAUUCCAUAUUUUAUCCUAUGACGAGGUGUUUUUAAGACAGGCGUUGGCAGACUGCGGGUUCCUUAUUCAGUGUCUGGAGCUAACAGAAGGCAAAGGAGGUGAGGGGCUGAUAGAUUCUGGCCACUUAGUUUAUGUCAGGGCUGUGAAGGUGAAGGAAGAAUAG